UUGAUAUAUCAGAUUUAGAAUUUAUGAGAUGCAUUUAGAUUAUUUGUAUAUGUAAUAUUUUGCAUUCGGAUUAGAUCAAAAUUCGAAUGAAAUAUUUUAUCAUGUUAUAUUGGGUUUGGAUUGAUAGGGGAAGUUUAGUGUAUUCACUUGAUGUGUUGAAAAUCACUUCGAAUUAAGUGGCCUUUGUCUUUGUGGUAGACCCUACUUCGGAUGGUGUGUUGUAGUUAGUGGUUGUAUGGAACAUACGUUUCGGACGGUGUGUAAGGUGUAUGGGUGCAUUAUCAUUUACAUAAUAUACAGACUGUGAUUAUCAUUGUUUGAUUCGAUCUAUGAUCUGAUUACUUGCUCAGUAUUUGGUGACAGUUUUUCCUAGAAUUGAUGACAGUGCCACCAGUAGAGUCUAAGCUAAGAGUUUUCUUAUUCAAAAUACAAUUUUAUUCCCAGGUUUCUGAUCUUAGAAAUAGUUUGGACAUUGUAAACUCUGCUGUUGGAGAGGUGAGGAAUUCGGUCAAAUUGAAAAGGAUCAUGCAAACUAUUCUUUCUCUGGGAAAUGCUUUGAACCAAGGAACUGCUAGGGGUUCUGCUGUUGGUUUUCGGUUGGAUAGUCUCCUUAAACUCACAGAUACACGAGCUCGGAAUAAAAAGAUGACUCUCAUGCAUUAUCUUUGUAAGGUCCUGAGCCAAAAGUUGCCAGAAUUAAUAGAUUUUCCAAAAGACCUUGCGACUUUGGAAUCUGCAACAAAGGUACAAUUGAAAUGUUUGGCAGACGAGAUGCAAGCCAUUAGUAAAGGGUUGGAGAAGGUCAUCCAAGAACUAGCUGCCUCGGAAAAGGAUGGUCCAGUGUCUGCAACAUUUUGUAAGCUUCAAGGGUUUACUAUGAAACAAAUGGUGUAUCCAUGGAAGACAUGUGAAACUAUCUGGUGUUCUCAUGGACUAACCAAGGGUUCACUGGUUUACCUUAAUUGUCCUGUCCAAUUUAUGUUUAAAUCUACAAAGAUGGAGAUGCUAUUUUGCUCAACGGUAGUUGAUAUUUCUUUCUUACUUGAGCCAAUGGUUCUAACUAGAAAGAUCUUUAAGGCAUGGAAUUCUUGUUCUCAAAAAUCCAAAGUUGUGGAGACUGGCGAGCACACUCUAGCAAUGCUUAAGGCAGAGAAAGAAGGACUAGAAUCACCACUUCACAAUGAGAAAUGGUUGUCUGUCCAGCUAAAGCAAGAACUAGCAUAUGUAGAGGCUUAAUGCAGACAUGUACAAGGCUUCUCAUAUGGUCAACAAUAUGAAGGAAGAGAUACUAUAUUAUUCCAUGCCGGAGUACCAUUCUCGGAAGGAAAGUUUGGGUGGUAAUACAAAGGGCUAGAUCAUUAAGUAUGUGCUUAUGAAAGCAUGCAAGCUGGUAUGUACCGACUUAAACAUUUAGGAAUCACACAACUAACAACUCUAACCAGUGCUAUGAGUCAACUCUUGCUACUGCAUCAAACAUUGAAUUGGAGCUGCAGAAAACUCCAUGGAAUCUAAGUGGCAAUUUUGUUGCAUGUACAAGCCAGGUGCAAAAUCUUCUUCAACAAAUGAAAUCCAAAGGUGAGGAGACUGACGAGCACACUCUAGCAAUGCUCAAGGAAGAGAAAGAAGAACUAGAAUCACCCCUCCACAAUGAGAAAUUGUUGUCUGUCCAGUUAAAGCAAAAACUAGCAUUUGUAGCAGAGGCUUAAAACUCAGACCUGCACAAGAAGCUCCAAUUCGUACGAGGUCAACUUGUCUUGAGCAGUGAAGAUGUUUCAAAUUAGAGAUAUACUUGAAACAAGGGAACAAUGGACAUCCAACUGAAGUUUUAGCUGAUAGGGUUGUUAUGUCUAUACUUCCUCGGCCAACAACUGAAAGUAAAAGGCUACAGGAGAGAUGUUUAACUACUAUGAAAGCAGACCUGUACCUCAAGAUUACAAUGGUGGCUCUAAGGUAUGUUGGAGAUUCUGAUGGCAACAUCAAGAGUUUUAAGAUUUAACCAGAAAUACGUCAUGUUAUACAAAUGAAAUACACUAUACCUUUCUUAGCUUCUCAUGGUAAGUAGACGUACAUAUCAGCUUAAGAUUUGAAGUGUGUUAAGCAUUAUCGUGCAUCGUAAUCUUUUAACAAAUAAACUUGACAAGGCUCAAGCCUUACACCUUUGG